AUAUCAUCCUUCCCAUGGAUUUGAAGCAAUUGUGGGAUUCAAACACAUUCACAUGACAACAUACAAAGUUCUUAGUGUGUUUUUCUUUCUGUUAUUGGUUGUAGGUAUUUGUUCUGCAACUAGAGUCCUCAUUGGAAAUGUUGCUGGAGGUUAUGGUGGAGCUGUAGGUGAACAUGGUGUUGUUGGCUAUGGAAGUGGUGGUGGUGGUGGUGGUGGUGGUGGAGUGAGCUAUGGAGGUGCUGGGGGACAUGGUGGAGGAUACGGUAGUGGUGGCGGUGGUGGACAUGGGGCAGGAUAUGGUGAUGGAGGAGCUGGAUAUGGAAGUGGUGGUGGUGAAGGAGGUGGUGCUGGAUAUGGAGCUGGUGGAGAACAUGGGGCAGGAUAUGGUGGUGGUGGUGGAGGAGGAAAAGGCGGUGGUGGCGGCGGUGCAGGAGGAGAGCAUGGUUCUGGUUAUGGAGGUGGUGAAGGAGGAGGUAGCGGAUAUGGAGCAGGUUGUGAACAUGGAAUAGGAUAUGGUGGUGGUGGAGGAAAAGGCGGUGGUGGAGGUGUCGGAUAUGGUGCAGGUGGAGAGCAUGGUGCUGGUUAUGGAGGUGGUGAAGGAGGAGGUCAUGGUGGUGGCUAUGGCGGAGGAGGAGAGCAUGGCGCUGGCUAUGGAGGAGGAGGAGGUGGCGGUGGGAGUGGUGGUGGCGGUGGUGUAGGCUAUGGUGCUAGUGGAGCACAUGGUGGUGGAUAUGGCAGUGGUGGAGGAGCUGGUGGAGGUUUUGGUGGAGGCAGCGGCUCUGGUGGUGGAAGCGGCUAUGGUGUUGGAGGUGAACAUGGGGCAGGAUAUGGAGUAGGUGGUGGGAGUGGUGAAGGUGGUGACCAUGGUGGCUAUAUCCCUUGAAAAUACAACUAUCAAACUACCUCUAAAGGAAACUUCUUACCCAUGAUAUUUAUGAAUAAGGUUAACUAGGGUAGGAGGAAGCUUAUAACUUAUAUAAUUAAGUAUUGUAAUAUGCCAUAUAGAUGCUCUUAAAAAAUUUCCAUAUUUAAUAUCGCAUUCGUGAUUUUCUUGUUAUUUAAUUAUGGCUUAUGCAUUUUAAAUAAUAAAAAUUCUAAGAUAA